CCUCCCUUGAGCGUAGCAUUUAACAUCUGGCGGAACAGCAGGAGGAAGGCUCGCUCUUCGGCAAGUUUAUGUCACACGCAAACGCGGUUAUUUCCUUUACAAGAAACUGCAUCAGAUCAGGUGUAAGAACCUUUUAUAACAUGGCUGGAAAUGCUAACCAAGAAGGAAAUAAUGGGAAGAGAGGAGCUCUGAUAGUGAUAGAAGGGUGUGAUAGAACGGGAAAAACCACGCAAGCAGAAAUGCUGGUUGAAUCAAUAAAGAAAGAAGGCAAGCCUGCAAUAUACAUGAGGUUUCCAGAGAGAGGAACACAUAUUGGAGGUAUCAUCAGUAGUUACUUGUCAUGUGAAAAAGACUUGGAAGACCAUGCCAUACAUCUUCUCUUCUCUGCAAACAGAUGGGAAUUAUUGCCAAAGAUUUUAUCAGAAUUGAAAAGUGGAACAUCAAUAAUUGUAGAUAGAUAUGCCUUUUCUGGUGUUGCCUUUUCUGCUGCAAAGAAGAAUAUGAGUUUGGAGUGGUGUAAGAAGAGUGAUGCUGGACUUCCAAGACCAGAUCAGGUGUUGUUUCUUAACUUGCAGCCAGAGGAAGCAAAAAGGCGAGGGCAAUUUGGAGCGGAACGUUAUGAAAAGGAAGAGUUUCAGAAACGCGUCUAUGAAAACUUCCAGUUGCUGAAGGAUGAUGUGUGGAAGGUUAUUGAUGCAAAGAAGAGUGUUGAAGAUUUACAGGAAGUUUUAAAGACUGAGGCAUUAAAAACCAUAGAAAAUGUUAUGGAACAAAAUGAUGAACUAAAGAAGCUUUGGGUUUAAAGGUGUGAUUGUAAACAAUGUCUUAGACAUUGUCUGAGACAUUGACCUGAUGAUAUGGGCAUUUAAUUGUUUUUAUUUCAUUUUUUAAAUUCAUUUAUAGUCUGUUUAGGUAAUUUGUAAUUCAAGUUCAUUUUUAUUUUAAUUUAACUUAAAUGAUAUUCAAAAUGUGUCCUAGCCUGUCCAUGUUGACCAGAAACUUGCUAUCCAGCAUGCACCCAUUUGUUAUAGCACAGCAAGCUUAACCUUAA